UGUUGAUAAUGAUGGUCAUUGGUGCUUCAGCCUAGUUCUAAGGAGCUCAGGAAAAAGACCAGUAUAGCAAUGGAGCUGGUUGCUGAGCAUCCCAUUCUGUUUUUGAAUGAUCCCACCACUGGCUUAGACAUGAGGAAUACAAUAGAUGUCAUCUUGGUCCUGAGAAGGAUGACUAUGAGGGGACAGACAGUCAUCUUCUCCAUUAACCAGGCUCAGUACACCAUCUUCAGAACUUUUGAUAGCCUCACCUUAGUGGCCUCAGGAAAAGUCAUGUAUCACGGGCCAGCACAAGAGGCCCUGGAGUACUUCACAUCGGCAGGUUACAAAUAUGAUUCUCACAACAACCCUGCAGACUUCUUCCUGGACAUCAUUAAUGGAGGUUUCUCUGCUAUAUUAGACACAGAGGAAGAAGGCCAUGAUGGUAUGUGAAUCUUCUAGAGUCACAGGUUUUUGUCUAACUGAUUUCAUUAAAACACAUCCAUGAGUCUCAUUAGAAUAUAACUUUUUAUGUUAACUAUCCUAAAAUUAUCUAACAGUCAUUGCUGUCAGUUAGUGCGGGUUUUUUAUUUAAUUUA